ACCCCGAGAGUUAGCGCAGUGUGCCCUUCGCAGCAUCCCCAUCACUUUCCGCUCUACCUCCCGCUUCUGCCAGCACGUUCAGUAUAUCGCGUUCAUAAUACUACAAGCUUAAGUAUUAUCGCCAUGGCUGAUGCUGCAGUUUCUUUUGCUAAAGACUUCUUGGCCGGUGGGGUCGCCGCGGCUAUUUCCAAAACUGCAGUCGCGCCGAUAGAGAGAGUCAAACUGCUGCUGCAGGUACAACAUGCCAGCAAGCAGAUCAGUGCAGACAAACAGUACAAAGGUAUUGUCGACUGCAUUGUGAGGAUUCCUAAAGAGCAAGGCUUUGCUUCAUUUUGGCGAGGCAAUCUAGCCAAUGUCAUUCGCUAUUUCCCCACGCAAGCCCUCAACUUUGCGUUUAAGGACAAGUACAAACAGAUAUUCUUGGGUGGUGUCGAUAAGCACACGCAGUUCUGGCGAUACUUCGCCGGCAACUUGGCCUCCGGAGGGGCUGCAGGAGCCACUUCCCUCUGCUUCGUCUACCCCCUGGAUUUCGCUCGUACCCGCUUGGCUGCAGAUGUCGGGAAAGCUGGUAGCACCAGAGAGUUCAAUGGGCUGGCUGACUGCCUGGCCAAAAUCUCUAAGUCAGACGGGUUGAGGGGUCUGUAUCAGGGCUUCAACGUCUCCGUCCAGGGCAUCAUUAUUUACAGGGCCGCCUACUUCGGAAUCUAUGACACUGCUAAAGGCAUGCUUCCCGACCCUAAGAACACCCACAUUGUGGUCAGCUGGAUGAUUGCGCAAACUGUGACAGCGGUGGCUGGCGUGGUGUCUUAUCCAUUUGACACUGUGCGCCGUCGCAUGAUGAUGCAGUCCGGCCGCAAAGGAGCGGAUAUUAUGUACACUGGAACCCUUGACUGCUGGAGAAAGAUUGCUCGUGAUGAGGGUGCGAAAGCUUUCUUCAAAGGGGCUCUGUCUAAUGUACUCAGAGGAAUGGGGGGCGCUUUUGUGCUCGUGCUUUAUGAUGAAUUCAAGAAGUUUGUUUAAAAAAUAUGCGCUAGAUGAUAGUAGAAUAGCUUUUACCACACAGUUCUGUCAAGCUUUAACCAAACCCUCUUCACUCCGCACAGAUGUGGUCUUGGUUUGAUUGUGUUAGAUGAUUGAUUUUGUUCGUUGCUAUAUUUUUAUGUUUAGAAAAUGCUGUGUUCUAAGUAUAACCCAUAUUUUAUGAAAAGAAAGCAGUCAGAGAAAUAUUACAUAUUAAAAAUUCUAAAAUUGGUAAUAUAAGGGAAAUGUGUUGUAUAUUUAUGCUUACAAUUAUAUAUAUAUAUAUAUAUAUAUAUAUAUAUAUAUAUAUAUAUAUAUAUAUAUAUAUAUAUAUAUAUAUAUAUAUGAUAUUGCUUCAUGAAUCUGAGCCAUAGCCAACAACACCAUGCAAUACCACAAUACCUCCUCAAGAUGGCGCGACACGACUGCAUUUUGUCGCGCAUUCGCUCAGCAGCCAACCAUGUUCUUGUAGUCGCUCAGCUCGGCUUUUCAGUUCUGAGGUCUGUGGUAACAAGGGUAUAAAAUAUCACUCUCAAGAAAAAAAAAGUGAAGUUCAAACACACAGAAUAACGUUCCACACUUUAAACGUUUUCUCAAGUUGGGCCCGAAAAACCAACCGAGAGCUGGUGUCCGAUGGAAUCACAGACGUAUUAAAUACGACGCUUUAAUUCACAACAGAUUUGCCCUCUGUGUGUCUCAGCAGUGAGAGAGAGAGAGAGAGAGAGAGAGAGAGAGAGCCUAGGAAAGUGUUCCAGCAGAGAAUGUGUGGAGCCAGAGACAUGGCUUUCACAGUCAGACCUUGUGUGACACGAAAAGUGUAUUUCCAUGAUUUCUCUUUUUGGAAGUAUUUUCCAUCUUGGAUAAUGAGGGGAGUCAUAUUUUCAUGGCCAUUUUCUUGUCAGUCUCAGUGUUUGGUUGCGUCGGGCUGAUCUUGAUGAAGUAGAUCCCGCUUUUAGAUGUAGAAAUGUGAGGGCAAGGAAGGAAGGGCUUUGUGAGUUCAGCAGUGACACUGAAACGUUAUACCAUUUUUAGCAUGUAGAGCUAUUGUAAUCUUAUUCCACACUAUAUGGAGAGAAAGGCUGUAAGACUACUUGCAGUGAUGUUUAAACACCAUACUUGUAAAUUCAAUAAAAGUGGAUAGCCUACCCA